UCUUGCACAGCUGUCACUCGUCGGCACGUGCUGUAUAGAAAACAAGCGCGCCUCUCUCGCAGGGCUCAGGAACAGGAAGUCAGGAAACAGGAAAAAAAUCUCCGAGAAGAGAAAAGUUGCAUUAUAAGUUUAUGAAAGAUGAGCCGAAUUUAUCACAACACGUCUUUACAGAACAAACCAGUGCACAAUGAGAAAUUUGACCGCGUGUGGUGUCCCUCUACGUAUGAAAGUGGCCAGGGGGUUCUUCUAGAAGGAAAGCUACUGGAUGUUUCCAGACAUGCCAUCAGUGACGUCAACAAUGAAAAGGUCCGUUUCUACGUGCUGUACAUCAAGCCCAGUCGCAUCCAUCAGAGGAAGUUCGAUGCCAGUGGUACGGAGAUGGAGCCAAACUUCAGCGACACCAAAAAGGUCAACACCGGCUUCCUCAUGUCCUCCUACAAGGUGGAAGCUAAAGGCGAGUCGGACUGUCUGUCUGAGGAGCAGCUGUCAGCGAUGGUGAACAAAGCUGAGCUGGUGAAGAUAACUGACCAGCACCGACCCAACGGGACCUGGGCCUUCUGGUACCCAGAGUCAGAGAUGGACACAACCGAGCUGGAAACGGGACAGGAUAUACGGCUGAAGACCCGAGGAAACAGUCCUUUUAUAUUCUCCUUAGCCAAAGUGGACGGCGGCACGGUGACCAAGUGUAACUUUGCUGGCGAUGAAAAGGCCGGGGCGUCGUGGACGGACAAGAUCAUGGCCAACAAAGCAGACGCAGUCAGCACUCAGAAGCCCGGCCAAGGAGAGGGAGCAGACGAGGAUGAAUGGGAUGACUGAGGAAGCCGUCUCUCCCAUCAGCCUGAUGUCUUGGCGCUGUUCCAGUCUCCAGGGUGAACUGCUUCAGUUUGGAUCCAUUCCUGUGUCUCUGUCUUGGCCUUGGGACUCCCACAUUUUACCGGGGUACUUAACCUCUUACAUAUGUGGCCUUGGGACUGGAAACCUGGCGUCAGUUCUGCAAUAUGGGACCAGACCUCUCCAGCUCCAUGUGUGUAUCUUAGCUGUGAUGCACACCGUCUUUGAAGCUUUACCCUUGUAUGCUUUGGAUAAGAUCCCCAAAUGACUGGAAUUUAAGCUCUGCUUUUUUGAAUCUUUCUGGGCUUAUUCUUCUACUCUUUCCUGUUUGUGUCCAAGUUGAAUCCAGAGUUUCUGCAUAGCCUGGUAUUAAUGACCCAAAUAUCUGUAGUUUUACAGCACACUUGUUGCUCCUUCCAUACUGUAAUUUAAGUCCUGUCUAGAGAGACUCAUUGUAUUUUAAAGUGUAUCUCCAAAGAGCUGUGUUUCUCGUUUCACAGGCUCAGUACACCGCUUUAGUACCUGACAGUAGGGUUGGGAACCAAAAACCCGGUUCCAAAUUAGAACCGGAUCCAAAACCAAUCCAAAUGCCAAGAAGUGUGUACUCGUAAAAUAAAAAUGAAUUUCGGUUCCGAAACAACCACAAAUGGCGCUCUUUCUGGACUGGACGACGCCGGGCUCUGCGAUACAUUUAGUUUUUUGGGGAAGUAUGGGCAGCUGUGUGCGCCAUGGACACACUCGCUACACACACAUCAUCAUUCCUAAAGGUGCAGUAAGUGAUUCUGCACAAAGAUGGUUGAGAUUUUCAGAAGCUCCGCCCCCCCCAGAUUCACGGACCGAUAACUAGUGGCCGGCACAUUCAAAUGCUGCCAACCAACAAAUGUUCGUUUGCGUUUUAACUCAUAUGGGGUUUAUAUUGACCGCCAUUUCAUGUAUGAAGUUAACAAGCCUGCCUUUGUCUGUCUCCGUGUAGUCUCGCUUGCCAGCUCUAUCUCCACAGCGCUGCGGAUUAAGGUCUGGCUACACCGCACAUACAUUCCUGGAUAAGAGAAAAAAACCCUCUGGUUUAUUGGCAUUUCUUUAAACCACUGACAAGCGUCUUGGGUGGCGCUAAGCUCCGGAUGCAGUCGAUGGUGGCUCUGCACAAGGGUGCGAUUUAAUGGUGCGAUGAAUGAUUUGGUUCUUCAGUUCAGUCAAGAGACAUGGUCAUUGGGUGCUUUGUAAACAAUAAACAGGCUAAAAAACAAUCCUGUGCAUUUAGUUAAGUUUGCACAAAAAAAAGUAUCCAAACCUC